AUGAGCUGCUCGGUGAAGAUCUCUUGCGGCAAGAGCUGGAGCGGCUCGCAGCGCAGGAUCAGCUCCCUGGCGGAGGAGACGUGUCCUUCGAAUGUCGCCGUGUCCACCAGCUGCGCUGUCGGCCACCAGGCCGCCCAGCCGACCUCAUCGACGUCGAGCUCGACGACCACGACCAACACCACCGCCACCACCACCGUUACCGUAGCCUUCAACAACCCCGUCAUUACUACUACGAGCACCACUACCAUCACCACUGCUGCCCCCGUCGCCGCGACCACCGCGCCCGCCACCAACAUCAAUGUUACCGUGGUGGCUGGUAAUCAGAGGGCUGUCCCACCACGCCCCGUCAAGUCGAUCGCCGCGAAAAAAGGGGAGGACACCACGAAGCUGCUCAAGUACAUCGACGAUAACGUCAUCGGCAAGAACGGCACGUUCUUCGGGCCGUUUGGCCGCAGGAAAGUGGUUUAUUGCGACUAUACUGCCUCGGGAAGGUCACUACAGUUCCUUGAAGAUUACAUCGCGAAGGAGGUGUUGCCAUGUUUGGGCGACACUCGGGCAUCCACGUCCAUCUGCAGUCUACAAUCAUCUCUUUUUAGGCACGAAGCCCGAGACAUUGUCAGACAUGCGGUUGGAGCUGGCGAGCAGGAUGCGGUCCUGUUCACAGGUCAAGGCACCGCCGCCGCCCUUCGCACACUUUUACGACACCUCGAUCUCUCGAAAUCCACCGUGGUCUUCGUGGGUCCGUUUGAGCAUCACGCCAACCUGAGGCCUUGGCGCGAGCUCGAUGUCAAGAUAGUACGAGUUUCCGAGACCCGGGAGGGCUUCCUAGAUCUGAAUGAUCUCGAACGAGGACUGACUAGAAUGCGGGGCGAGGGCGUUACGCAAAUGAUUGGAUGCUUCAGCGCUGCCAGUUGCAUAACGGGGGUUUUGGCAGAUGACGUCGCGACGACCCUCCUGCUGCACCAAUACGGCGCGCUUAGCGUAUGGGAUUACACCACUGCAGCGCCGUAUGUUCAGAUCGAUAUGAAUCCACAUUUACCCGGAGUCGGGGAGACCGCGGUUCACAAGGAUGCCAUUAUUUUCGCGGGUCACAAAUUUAUCGGCGGCGUGCAAUCGCCUGGUAUACUCGUGACCAAACGAUGGCUUUUACGAGAGGACGUCGAGGCAGAGGACAUGAGGGACUCUCAUCGCUAUCAUCGUGAUCCCGAACUGCGAGAGGAGAGCGGUACCGCUGGUGUGGUCGAGAGCAUCAGAUGCGGACUGGCGGUGCAGCUGAAAGAGAACGUCACGCCGAGAGCGAUUGUCGCUCGACAAGAUAAGAUUUCUAGGCAAGUUUUAUCCCACGUGCGUACAAUCCCGGAAUUGAUCCUACUCGGCAGCUCGUCGCAGAACGUGAAACGACUGCCCAUCUUCUCUUUCAUGGUACGCCAUCCUCGCGGCACGUUUCUACACCAUAACUUUGUCUGUGCCGUCCUGAACGAUGUCUUCGGCAUUCAGGCUCGAGGAGGAUGCGCUUGCGCAGGUCGUUAUGCUCACGAUCUGAUGGGGAUCGACCGGGAACUUGCCAAGGAAUACGAAAACAUUCUCUUGGAAGAACAACGCAAUGGCAGCGAGGAGACCACCGCAGAGGGUCUCAGGCCAGGCUUCGCUAGAUUAUCUUUUCCCUAUUUUAUGACCGAGGCGGAAGUUGCCUUUGUGUUGGAAGCUCUCAAAAUGGUUGCCACUGAGGGUUGGAAGUUGCUCCCGCAAUAUGUAUUGAAUCCCGAUACCGGCGAAUGGCGGCAUCAUACCAAUAGCGUCUUCAAGGAACGUAAAUGGUUAGGCGCGAUUAGAUACACGGACGGCAGAAUGAGCGCCACGGAGAGGCGAGUUUCCGGUUCCGGCGUUUUUCCGCAGACUUAUGGCGAUUGCCUGCAAACUGCCCGCAAUAUCUUCAAUCGCGCGCGUAAAAUGGCGCAGCGAUAUCCGCUGCAGAUCGACAAGAGCUUCAAUUUCGUGUGCCAACGUAUGGAAGCGUUACGUUGGUUUAUGUUGCCGAGUGAAGCGCAGGAUCUCCUCUUGGGAAAUUCGCAGAACGUCAAACAGGAUGUACCGUUCAACCCGUUGUUAGCCUCGAACAGGUUUAGUCGCACAAAUGCCGUCACAUGUCACGAUAGUCUAGUGAACUGUUUAACGCUAACCAACGGCAUUCGACGACUGAACAGCGACAUUCCGCGUACAGGCAAUACGCUCAUUUCAACCUCACCGAGACAUCGUAGUCUACCAGCGCUGAGCACAGUUAAGCGAGCCAUGAUUGCGACUACGAUCGAACUGAAUCAACCAUCGUCUUCGAGCAACAGCGAAGAGGAGAGCUCGAAUCAAAAUGAACACGGCACUUUCUUUGGUGGACAUCGAUCACCCGCUACGUGUCCGAAUUCACCGAUGCCAGUCAGAUUUGCGGUGGGCGAAGCCGUGACCACUUCGGUUUUGGGAUCGAUAUCCCGUACAGCCGUUCGACCGACAAAGGAGCAGAGAGAAUUGAUAGACGCGACCAAUGCCGGUCGUGCUAGAUGCAAUUCUUUGGGAAGCACUACCGAUGGAUGCAACGUUCCAGGAAAUCGCGUUGGUACCGCAUCAGCGUCCUCGCCGAUUCCGCCGCUUCCCUUGAGCCCGCAAACUUUGACCAGUUUGGGAUUGAGUACGAUAAAUGGUUCAUCGAAGCAUAAACGUCUUCAUUGCAGCUGCAGUAGUCAGACAGAGUUGAACUCCUUGGAAAUGGAUUCUGCUGGCAGCCCGAGUCAUUCGAUUUCUUCUUUAAGCUAUAAUCAUAAUCCAGCGUCACCACCGUCUUCAUAUUCAUCAACCAGCGAUUAUACCGAGAGAUUGGUAGGCGGUGGUAGAUUGUCACCUGUUUCUACGAGCCAGAGAUCCGAGGACGAUUUAAGCGCGUACGUAAAGGAAAUGACCAAGGAAUUAGCGACGGAAAUUAAAUCAGAGAUCCGAGAAGUUAUAUCUAAAGUCGAUGACGCUUUAUCAGAGACAAAUACAUCCGAAAAUACACCGCAACAUCAUUCACGAGCGCACAGCAUGAUUAAUCAAACAUUUGUGGAAGACAAACAAUUAAGGCAUGACUCAUUCACAGCCAGUGACAUCGCCGAAUAUUUGAUGGAAUUUUCGAAAGAAAUGGCGAGCGAAGUUAAAUCCGAGAUAAGGUGCAUGGUGAACGCCGUUGAUGGACUUCACAGGUAUUCGCCGGAUGCUUCCACUUCCGAUGUUUCCUCAAACGGAUGCGGUUCACCCGAUCGAGGAAGAGUCGUACUCCCAUCAUCUCCGCGUUUGUCAAACUCUAGGAAAAGUGGGCAGAUCGAAAUAACUAGCAAGGUCGGCGAACUAUCGCAGCAGGAAAGCAAGAUGUCUAGUGAAUGUUCUUCAGACGAAACGGUUAUCUAUGUGAUGAAGCCAGAGAAUGAGCAAAUAGUGCGCAAUCGUUCAAAGACCGAAGAUGAGGAAGUGGAGAACGAUGUGGAUGAUUAUGUGGAUGAUGAUCCACAGGAAGGACGUGGCGGUCUCGAUAUUGGCGAUACCCGAAAAAUCCUGCCAAAGAUCUACUCUGCUGUGAAUUCAGUCAGUUCUCAAGACAGCGGUAUAAACUUGUCUUUUCAUGAAAGCGAUAAAUCGAUAGACUCACUGGAUCUGAAACGAAGCAGUAGCGCUGAAUCCAACUCCGCCAACAGUCAUGGACGAAAGCCAAGGACGACAUCGAUGAUGAGUCUGUCGACUAAGGGUGGCAACAAACAGCACGCGCGUCAAAAUGACAAUCUCUCAGAAGACGAGGAGUGCACCGGUGAUUUAAGAGAGGAAGAGGGUGACGGUCAAGAGAAUAAUUUUGAGGACAAUGAAUCAAGACUUGAAUUUUCGCGAACUCAAUGGCACUGCCCACCAAAAAAUAUUUGGAAACCUUCAGUGGAAGCUAUGCAGGAAUUCGAUAUGAUACGGGACAAUGAUAGGGUUUUAGUUUGUCUAUCAGCAAAUGGCAAGGACUCACUAUCUCUGUUGCAUACUCUGCAUCAGUAUAGAUUUUAUGCCAGGUCAAAGGGGAUUGAUUUUGAAAUUGGUGCGGCUUCUGUUGACAUGGGUGGUUCUGAUCCCUUGGAAAUUAUGAGUUAUUUAAAAGCUCUGGACGUUCCUUAUUUUUAUGAAGAACAUAUGACAGACUCGGCUAACACUAACGUUGACAAUCCGUUGGACGCUAGUGUCGCUAGCGGCACUUGUAGUUUCUGCGAUAAAUCAGUCAGAACGCAAUUGUAUUCUUUGGCGAAACGCAAUGGAUAUAACGUGCUGGCGCUCGGUCAACACUUGGACGAUCUCACGGAAAGUUUCCUCAUCUCGGUAUUACAUGGUGGCAUCUUAAAAACCAUGAAAGCUCAUUACUAUAUACGUCGAGAGGAUCUCAGAGUCGUCCGACCAUUUAUCUACGUACGAGAGAAGGCGUUAAGACAAUUUACUGAAAGUAAAAAGCUUCCGAUCUCGCAGGAUUUAAAAACUUCAUCUGAGAAACAAAAUAAAAGGAAGGAGUUGAUGCUCCAGCAGGAACGCGCAUAUCCUCGAUUGCAUUGGUCUGUACGCACAGCUUUACGGCCCUUGAUAACCGCUCAUGGACAAAUCACCGCCUUCGAUUUGACUUGCGGUGGGAACGGUGGCAACAAUAUUGUGAAUAGUCCGAGUAGCAGCACCAGCAGCAGCAUAAGUAGUACUUGUAGUAGCACAAGCGGUGGUGGUAAUAGUAAUGGCAGCAAUACCAGCAAUCAACAGAAACGACAUCGAAGAACCAAGACGAGCAAUUCCAUGGCGACUACCUCUUCAUCUCAACAAACUGACGUAAACGACGAAACUGACGAAGAGCCCGUGCUCUGAGGCGGGCCCGUCGCGAGAUGGGAUCCCGAUCGUCGCGCGGUCCCAUCCUCGCGUCCCCGUCGCAGGUGUCCGACGUCGACGUUUUCCCUAGUUAGAAGAAGACGAUUACGUUUCGCAGCCGCGGUCGCCGCCGCUAAAGCCAACGAUCAAAGAUGCGUCGAGUAUGGCAAUUGAGACGAUGGGGAAGGAAGCAUUUAAACGUAGCGAUUUUGCGAAGGAAAUUUGAAGAAGAUGUGUUCCCCAUGUUUCUCUAACAUUAUUCGUGUGUGUAAUUCUUGCUCGUCGCGCGAGAAUCUUGGCGAGAAUAACCCGUCGCAUCAAUCGUUGAAAAGUGAAAUUAUUACAGUGAAUAACCGUCUCACUUACUCGAGAAAAAUGACUAUUAUUGCGUUAAUGGUGAUCUUGGAUACGAAGAGUUGCAUGUCGAAAAUUAGACAAACAUUUUUCAGGGAAGAAAGGGAAAGAAAUGCGGCCGGCAGAAUAUUAUUUACUUAAACACUGGUAAUAUCAGGACGAUGUAAACAUAAGUCCCCUUUUGUGUUUACGAUGAAUAAGAAAUUUGCUUGCUUAUGGAUAGUUAAGCGUAUCGGCAGCUGAUUAGCUGCUUUACACGGAGAUACGAUACAAUGAUAAUCGAUCGAUGAACCGAUAAAGGACAGAAUAAUCGACGGUGCGUCGCACUGUUAUAUCAUGUCACGUCGAUCAUUAGCACGUGACGAUAAAUAGGUCGUUGCGUAUACAAUGUAUUAAGGGACGCGAUACGCUUGAGAGACGCGAUAAGCGAUAGCUGCUUAAUAUUGAGACAGAUAUUAUGUGUUAUAUAUCUUAUAGAGAAGAAGUCAUGCAGCAGGGAGACUAGGAAUAGUUUCGUGAGAAAGUCAAAACCUCGACCGAUUCCGCGACAAAAGAUCGUUCCACGACACAAUUAUAUCUUUUAUAUAUGUAUAUACAUCUUUUUUUAUUUGAUAUGUCGCUGCCUUGACAUCGCUCUAAUUAAAAUCAUUGAGAUCUCGUGAUCGAAAAAUUUUCUAAGAUGAUCAACUCUUUUGAUCUUUUUUGAUGUCUUUUUCUAAUGCGCAUUUUUGAUGGUAUUUUCAACUUUCUCGAUGGUAUACUUGAUGAUGGGCGUUAUUUUUUGCGGUCAGAAAAAUGCGUCCUUCAGAUGAUCUGUCGGGAAAAUUUGUCGAUUUGCGGAACGUCAUUUCAGGUGAAUUGAAUACGAUAUCAUUCGUUGAAUCGAUUAGUCCGUUUUCGAAAAAUACAUUCGCUCGAUCAAAUUUCAGUUCGAGAUAGAGAUACGAAAGGAUCCUAUUGAGAGGUAAAGGUUUUGACGAAUUCUCACCUGCAUGAACUUCGAUGAAGAGGGGCACUCACGCACGCAUGCGAUGCGUAAGGAAUUAACGUAUACGCUUUUCGCAAAUAAAACAUUAAGACAUUGGAGAUUGUCUAAUUAUUUCCAAAUAAUAAAAAAAUUUAUUAAGACAUGUAUGAAAUUAUAUACGACAAUUAUGAAAAAUUAGUGUGUUUUGUUUUCUGUGAUUCAGUGCGAUAAAUACGAUAGGCUUGUAAUAAAAUAUUAAUUUAAGAAUUUGUUAGAAGAGACAAGUUUGUCGUAUCUAUCGGACAGAUAUUUGGAUAGCGAUCUCCAGUGUUUUAAGUUGUGCAAAACGAAGGCUUUUUCUUCUUACCUGGCAUCACCGACAACGCGAUGACACAAUAAAAUCGCGCUUCUCUUUCAAUGUAAGUUUGUUUAUCCGCGAUACAGCCCGAUCUACUGUGAUCGAUAAGUUAAGUUUCGAUACAAAAAAAUAACGACGGUGAGUGAUGAAUGAGUUGCAAAUAAGAGUCCAGUUAUAUCGGGGGUUUCUUGAAAAAUGUAAUAACGUGAUAGAUCAUUGCGUCCUACGCUUGGAUGGAAUUGAUGAAAAAUAUCAAUCAAAUAGAAUAAAAUGCUAAAUCUUCGAGAAAUAGAAGAAAAAUUAAAUUGAACUUUGAUCGAAGGUGUAUCAAAUUACUGUCUAAUGUUUUGUCUAACGAUAUCAAAGACUUAAACACACAUUGCACCAAUAGUCAAAGAAUAAAUGUUGGGUGAAUGAUUCUUUUUUAGAUUAUAGAAACUUGUCUAUUAGAUAGACAAACUAAUAAAAUUCAGUUAAUACGUAUCACUGCUAAUCUGCAAUGACGCAAUGCGAUUUUGAUCACGCAAUGAAAUAUAAAGAUUCUCGAAGGAUUAUUAUAUAGGAUUUACGAAAGAUUAUUAUAUAGGAUAGUUAUCGAUUAUCGAGAAUAAAAUCGACACAUAUAAUAAGAGAGGAUAAGUGAUGUUACGUUGGGAGAGAAGCGCAUGUAAUUUGGACCAUGUAAAUGCCAGUUAACAGAGAAUUAGCCGGAUGACAGAUUAAAGAAACUUAAGAGGAUAGUCCGAUAAAAAUUAAUAUCAAGAUUUAAAAGGACAUCCGAUAAUAUAUACAUAUACAUAAUUCAUAAGCCGAUAGGCACCAAUCGAUUAUGAUACUUAUAGCAGCAGUGGUCUUAUGUUGUUCACUUUUUCUCUCAUCGGCUGUUGUACGCUCGCUAAUUGUUAGGAUUAUAAGUAAGUAAGACUUAAGACUUGUAUGUAGAGAUCGCAUGUACAACAACGUACGCAAUGUAGACGAUGAUCGUAUAAAAUAAUACGUACGUACCGUUUGUGUCGUACUCAGUUUUUUAAAGCGUUCGUUCAUUCGUUUGUUCGUUCGUUCAUUCAUUCGUUCAUCGUUGAAGAUGAUAAAAGGCGGAAUUAACAACCAAAUGCGAUAAACGAAAAGGAAGUCUUGAUCUAUAUGAAUCAUUGCGAAUAGAUAUUCUCAUAUUUUCCGAGAGUUACGAAAGGGACAUUGUUACUGUAAAGAUAUGUAAGUUUAUUUAUCGCUAAUAAAAAUGAACGUUUAAGAAAAAA